CAUUUGUAUUGUACAGUAUUGAGAUCAUUCGCUAGAUCAUUAGCAUCGAUAUAAAUAGCCCACUCACUCCUUGUAUAGAUAUCAUCUUCCCUCUCAAUCUAUGAUCACGCAUUGAGUCCCCUUUAGAAUAUAAAUUCCACUCAUGGGGCAUUUGUGGCUUAUUUGGUUAAAGCGCCCAGCUAGUUUCUGGCAGGCGCGGACUCGAAUUUCUUGAAUUGUAACACAGCUGUGAGGAUCAUUUCUUAAAUUCGUUCUUAUGCAGGCCAAAAUACGAUGCAUUUUGGCUAAAUUUGAAAAAAAAUAUUGCUUGCCUUUACUCGCAUGACUGGAGGGCGAGCGGAGUCAAACGAUUUAACUUGAUUUACGUAUCAGUUGUGGUUCAGUCUCCUGCUUCAAGGUUACAAAGGAGAACGUCCAGGGAUUCUUGGUUAUAUGACGCGCUUUGAUGCCGACUGGUACCUGAAGAAGGCUUUCUUUAUGGCACUGACAUGUUUCUACCCAGAUGCUGUCAUUCAUUUAGGUGAUGUAUUAGAUGAAGGAUUCGUUGCUACCGCUGAGGAAUUUCAAGAGUAUAAGACCAGACAUGAUAGGAUCUUUGAUACCCCGGCUGGAAUUUGCAGAAUUCACAUCGCUGGAGACAAUGACAUUGGAGGCGAAUCGAGCGAUAUUAUCACAAAAGGAAAAGUGGCAAGAUUUUCAGAAAACUUUGGCUCACUAGACGAUGUUAUAAAGCUCAAGAACACUUUUCAGAUGGUGAAGAUAAAUUCGGUGAGUUUACUAAGAAGGAGGCCUUUAGCAUCGGAAUGGGAUAUCUAUAACAACACAAUAGCCUUUAUUGACAAUUUGCCCUCAAGGCUUGAUCCCAACAGGAUUUCUAUUCUUAUUGGACACGUUCCGCUUAAUAAUACGAGCAGAAGUCAAAUAGUUCCAAUAAUAAAGUUAAUAGAGGCUGUUCAACCAUAUCAUGCUUUCUCAGGACAUAUUCACGAGAGAGCAACCAUCGACCACAAGAUCGGAAAAGUGACAUUUACAGAGCACGUUGUUCCAACGUGCAGCUAUCGCAUGGGGACAGAGAAGAUGAGCCUCGCAGUAGCAGUCAUCGGUGUGGAUGGCUCUAUUGUUUUCUCCGAACUACCAUUGCCCACAAGAUACCCAUAUUUAAAAGCGUAUUUAGGAAUUACAUUUGUAUUUGUUGUAUUCACACUCCAAUGGUUAAUAUCGACAAUAGUCUUUCAUUACAAAGACGGUUUUAAACGGAAGAUUGGUUUCAUUUUCAAACUUUGUCUUAAAAUGCAGUGACACUAGAUCGUUGUAAGGGUUUCUCUCCUCCCUGCCGCUUGGAGCGAAAGAAACUGGAGAGAGAGGGAGCGAAAAGAAGAAGAGAGGAAGAGAUUCCUUGGGAACGAGUUUGAAGUUUAUCCUGGUUUAUACCACAGGAAAUUUGAAAUUCACUUAGAGAAUAAUUAGAUAUGGAGCGUAGAACGCUCUUUACGGCAUGAAUCUCUUGUGCCAAUCAGCGUCAUUUUUGCGGUAGGACUGGUACUCCGAUCACAGCAAAGCUUCUGUUUUUUUUUUUUUUAUUCAUCAAAAAUUUGUUCAUCAAUGACUUUGCUUGUGCUCACUUUCAAUAACAUUAAAAACUUAUAUAUGAUCAUAAUGAGAGCCCUUACUAAGGAAUGACGCACAAGAGGUUUUCACCAUGAGACGGAGGUAGGGACAUGUUUAUUUGAGAUACUGAGGUGCAUGUAAUUAUAAAUGCUGCACCCAUUUAUGGAAUCACAUCAGGAGCCCAUCAUUUAACACACCCUUUCUGCAAGCUAAGUGUUCUGUGCAUUUAGAUACUAAGAUAUCGACAUAGUUAUACUAAAAGCUCGUCAAUGAAAACAAAGGACAAGAUGAUAUUUUCAAAA